CGCGCCUUCGUGCACACGCUACGCAAGGAAACCCGGAUCCUGGUCGCGCGCAACGUCAGCCACGUCACCGAUCAGCUGUAGAUGUUCGGAGUAACACUGAGAUUAUAUUAAAACGUGAUAUAUUUAUAUUAUAAGAGAUAUAACAGCCGUGUGUAUAUAUGCACACUCCUAUAUGACGUGCACGCGCUUGCAGGAGGAACAUCUGAUCUGAGAACAGCUGUUGAACGGUUCACUUCAGUGCAUUGAUCUUCUGUUCUGAUCAUUAAUCGAUAAAAUGAACGUCUUCCGUCUGGCUGGAGAUGUUUGUCAUCUCGUCGCGAUUAUUAUUCUGUUCCUGAAGAUAUGGAGAUCUAAAUCAUGCGCAGGUAUUUCUGGGAAGUCUCAGGUGCUGUUUGCUCUGGUCUUCACCACCAGAUAUCUGGACCUGUUCACAGCUUAUAUCUCCAUCUACAACACCGUCAUGAAGGUGGUGUAUUUGGCGUUGGCGUACGCCACCAUCAGUCUGAUUUACUUCCGCUUCAGGAACUCGUAUGACUCUGAGAGCGACUCGUUCCGUGUGGAGUUUCUGCUGGUUCCUGUCGCUGGUCUGUCGUUCCUGGAGAAUUACGCCUUCACACCACUGGAGAUUCUGUGGACGUUCUCCAUCUAUCUGGAGUCGGUGGCGAUCCUGCCGCAGUUGUUCAUGAUCACGAAGACGGGCGAGGCGGAGUCCAUCACCACUCACUAUCUGUUCUUCCUCGGCCUGUACCGCGUGCUCUACCUCGCUAACUGGGUGUGGCGCUACCACACGGAGGGGUUCUUCGAUCAGAUCGCCGUGGUGUCCGGCGUCGUCCAGACCAUCUUCUACUGCGACUUCUUCUACCUGUACUUCACCAGAGUGCUCAGAGGAAGUGGAAAGAUGAGUCUGCCAAUGCCGGUGUGAGAUUGGAUCAAGCCCCUCCCCCUGCAUUAGACCACACCCCCAGCAGGGACAUCAUCAGCUGGACGUGCCUUAAUGUUCAUAAAGACGAUGUGCAGGUGUGUGUCUGGAUCACACCUGUGCUUUUCUUUCAUGUAGUAAAGGACUUUUCUGAUGAUGUCUUUCAUAUUUGGGACCUUUCUUUGCUUUUAAUCUGUUAAGGGAAACACAGUCUUCCUGUGUGUGUGUGUGUGUGUGUGUGUGUGUGUGUGUGUGUGUGUGUGUGUGUGUGUGUGUGUGUGUGUGUGUGUGUGUGUGUGCGCGCGCGCGAGUGCAACUAUUGCAUUUUAUGAAUGUUUGUAUCAACUAUAUUUCUCUCUGAAAAUGACACAUAAUAGAGGUUUGACAAUAGCAGUUUAUAAGAACAUGGCCUCAUUUUUAUAAAGUGUAUUUUAUAAGAUGUCAAUAAAGGAUGUGUUGAGUAGA